UCUGCUAAAACUAAGUUGUUUUGAUUUUUACUGUUUGACUCAACUUCUGUUGAACUGAAUUGUCAAUAUUGCCACACAUUUAAAACGCCGUCGUUCUUUUAAAAUAGAUUUAGAAAAAUGAAUGGCAAGAUAAAUAGUUUAGCUCUUUCUGUGCUGGUUUGUGUAUCGGCUGUGUAUUUCGCUGCGCUGUUGAUGGUAUCCAGUCAAAUUAACAAGAUUCAACCUGUCCCUUAUCUCGACGAGAUCUAUCACGUGCCACAAGCUCAAGAAUAUUGCAGAGGAAACUUUUCAUAUUGGGAUAAUAGGAUUACUACUCUUCCCGGAUUGUAUCUGAUCUCUGUUGGUGUCAUUACACCAUUAUCUAGCUGGCUUAGUAAAAAUUUGUGCGAAACACAUCACCUACGACUUACCAAUGUUGUCCUCAGUUUGAGCAAUUUUGUGCUAUAUGUUUGGCUAACCAAAAAAAUCCAUCACGAUUCUGGGAAACACAGUACAUGGAAAGGCAUUGCAUCAGCACUAAAUGUAGCCCUCUUCCCACCUCUUUUCUUUUUUUCGUUUUUGUACUACACUGAUGUAGCUGCGUCGUUCCUAGUUUUUCUCAUGUAUGGUCUUCAUAUGUACGGAAAGAAUGCAUUAGCGGCUGUUGCUGGAAUCGCAGCCGUGGUGGUAAGACAAACGUCUAUCGUCUGGGUAAUCCUAGUAGCUGUUGGAUGCUUCGAUUUAAGUUUACAAAAGCUACUGUUGACAGCCAAAGAUCGUAAAUUCCACAUUCUUUCAAGCUGGCAUCAAAUUCAAGUCGUUUUGAAAAAGUUUUUUAAUUUGGCUCCGGCCCAAAAAAAAAUCCAACUUGUUGGCCAACUCAUUUUGGAACUUUUUCCAUACAUCCUAGUGGGGCUCAUCUUUGCCGCUUUUGUUGUGAUCAAUAACGGACUGGUGGUUGGUGAUCGUGAUGCUCAUCAAGCCACGAUUCACGUUCCCCAGUUGUUCUAUCUGUUUGCUCUAGUCACCUUAUUCGCCGCACCUCACUGGAUUUCUCUCGUGUUACCAUUCUCCAAAGCUUGCCUUAAAAAUUGGUAUGUGAUUUUAGUCGCCGUAGGACUGGUCGGUCUCAUUGUUCGAUACAACACCCUUGUGCAUCCCUAUCUUUUGGCUGAUAAUCGUCACUACACGUUCUACAUCUGGAAAAGAGUGUUCGAGUAUCAACCUUGGGGACGCUAUGUCAUCAUUCCAUUGUAUCUCUUCGGUGCAUUCGCGACCUACCGAACAAUGUCUACGAGUAAGAGUUUCAUAUUUGCUUUGGCAUUUAUUGUCUGUUGUUUUGUCGCUCUGGCGCCUCAACGACUGCUAGAGAUCCGCUAUUUCUUCAUCCCUUUUUUGUUUGUAAGAUUGCAUAUUCGGCCUCGUUCUUGGAUGGCUUUGUUUUUCGAAUUCUCAAUGUAUAUCGCCAUUAACGCAGCCACUAUUUAUCUGUUCAUCACUCGUCCAUUUUAUUGGGCGGAUUCACCAUUAACCCAACGCUUUAUGUGGUAAAGGCCUCUAAAUACAACGGGUAUGAAUUAA